AAUAAUCUAAUUGAAAACGGAUCCACUCCAAGUCUCACGCCUACGAUGGCCACUUCUCUCAAGACUACCGCUCCAAGGCAAGCAUCAACUGCUGCUCUCAGCCAAGUGACCACUCUAAGCCAAGCGUCCAGUACUGCUCCCAGCCAAGCACCCACUACCGCUACCCACCAGGUGUCCAGUCUUCCACCUCAGUGUCCCGGCAACCAGGUGAUGGUGGAGGGCAGCUCGGAUUGCGGCUGCCCGUCCGACUUGAUUAAGGCUGGAGACUUCUGCACAUGCCCGCUUGGCUUCAAUCUUGAAGGAGCAACAGGGUGUAAAGAUGUCGAUGAGUGCUCAGAAGAGGCGCCAUGCGGACCUCACGCAAACUGCAACAACAUCCCAGGCUCGUACUCGUGCCGAUGUCACCAUGGUUACCUGAAGGGCGCAGGAGGGUGCCAGGAUGUCGACGAGUGCGCUUUGGCCGAGGUGACGGGGCUUCAAGCUUGCGAUGGGAAUGCAGAGUGCAGAAACACCCUGGGCUCCUUCAGCUGCUCCUGCCCUGUGGGUUAUAUCAUGGCUGCGAAUGGACAAAACUGUGACGACGUGGACGAGUGCAGCUUUGAAGAUCUGUGUCGCCGUGAGCUGGGAAACGUGUGCGCGAACACACCUGGGAGCUUUAUGUGCCAGUGCCCGACUGGGUUCAGAGCAGAGGCCCCUGCCUGUGUGGGUGCUGUGUGUCCAAACUUCACCAUGUGUCAAGAUGUGGACGAAUGCUCGGAGAGUCCCGCGCUGUGUGAUGGCCGGGGUGUGUGUGAGAACACGCUGGGCAGCUACAAGUGUGUGUGCCCACCAGGUUACCGUGGAAACGGCACACACUGUGAAGAUACGAACGAGUGCGCAUCGGACGCUCACGGCUGUGACGUCAAUGCUCGCUGCGGCAACAUCAUUGGCUCCUACUUUUGCCAGUGCUACCAGGGUUUCAAUGGAGAUGGGCAUUCUUGUUUUGACAUUGACGAGUGCGCUGUGAACAACGGACACUGUGAUCACAUCUGUACCAACGAACCAGGAGGCUACAGUUGCCAGUGUGCCUCUGGCUACCAACCGAACCAAGAUGGACAUGGAUGCGCAGACGUGAACGAGUGUUUGUCCCUGAAUGGAAGCUGUGCGCACCUCUGCGUCAACACUCUGGGAUGCUUCCAGUGCUCGUGCCGGCCCGGCUAUCAGCUCCACAUCGACGCCCACACCUGCGUGGACAUCGACGAAUGUAAACUUCAGAACGGCGGCUGCUCGCACACCUGCACCAAUUCCCCAGGGGGACACAACUGCCACUGCCCGCCUCCUCUGCUACUCGACACUGACGAUCUCACCUGCAGCAAUGUAACAUCUUGUAAACUGAGAAAUGGCGGUUGCGACCACGUAUGCGUUACGAGGGCCGAGGGCCACGUGCAGUGUAGCUGCCGCACUGGCUGGAAGCUCAGCGAGGAUCUGAGAAGCUGCGAGGAUGCGGACGAGUGCGGAGACUUUACGAACGGAGGCUGCGAGCAGUUGUGCGAGAAUCACCCUGGCGCCUUUAACUGUACCUGCAGAGAAGGCUAUCAAGUGCAAACGGACGACCCCACCAAAUGCCGGCCUGUGUGUGACCCCCCGUGUCGGAACUACGGCUCGUGUGUGGCGCCAAACAUCUGCGACUGUCCUCCGGGCUACCCUGGCCUUGGCUGCUCAGCCAUGUGCUCCCCACCUUGUGCACAUGGCGGUACAUGUAUGCGCUGGAACAAAUGUUUAUGUCCUUCUGGCUGGACUGGAGAAGGCUGCCACUCAGCCGUGUGCGAGCUGCCGUGCGCUAAUGGUGGUCGUUGUGUGGGUCCCGAUACCUGCCAGUGUCCCUCAGACUACACAGGUCCCCAGUGUCUUUUGCCCUUGUGCACACCCGCCUGUCAAAAUGGUGGCCGAUGUGUUGACGUCAAUAAGUGCACAUGUGUUGGUGGAUGGCAAGGAGCUCGUUGCCAGAUAGAGCCUAUUCAGUGUCAGAAGACUUGUAAAAACGGCGGCGUGUGCGAAGGCCUCAACAGGUGUCGCUGUGCCAAAGGAUUCACUGGACGUCUUUGUGAAACAGCCGUGACCACCCCGUGUGUGCCUCCCUGCCGGCACGGAGCCACCUGCAGUCCUCGCAACACUUGUACCUGUCCUGAGGGCACCGCGGGCCUCCGCUGCGAGAGACUGACAUGCCCUGUGGUCACCACUGUGGUCAGCAUGGCUCGAGCGGUGAGAAAAGCGUUUAGGGAAAGUUACGUCGACCGUUGCGGACCUUUGGGGAUUCAGCUUUGCACCAAAUACAGGAUGAAUCAGGCACGUGUGUACCUGCAAGCCUACAGGGUGGGCUACAAAAUCCACUGUCCAGAGAGGAGAGGCUGACGAUGGACUGUUUGAAAUAAACAUUUCAAAAAUCACAUUUCAGUCAAUGCUGAAGGAGGCAACUGCUGUGAUGACUGCAGUUUGCUUAAAUGUUGAAAUGAGACAGGAUAUGGCUUAAUACUACUGUACAAGCCAAGGUGUUAGUUAUCUUGGUUUCCAUUUCAUAUUGUUUUCC